AUGCCCUGCCCGGCCAUCUUCGGCCAUCUUCACCACCUCCAAGGUUUGGCGCUUUUUGAGUCGGUCAACAUCGACGAGCUCGAUGAUGAGAGCUCCUUUGACAGGCCAGAGACAUCCAGAGACAUCCAGAGAUCCAAAGUGAUCCAAAGUGCGGCCACACUCAGUAGCAGUGGUUUUACCGUUCCGUACUACUUGGACGUUGCAAGCAUAGUGCAGGCCAGUGCCGAUGUUCUCUUUGUGGCUGUGGCGGAGGAGUGCUUGUGGCUGCUCUCACAGAGCAUCUACAACAUCAGAUACACCGAGGCCACACGCUUGGACUAUUUCAUUCAACUGCAGAAAGCUGUCAUCACAGCUACGUCGCAGCGAGUGAAAGAGCAUUGGGUGAACAAGUUGCAGAAGAUCAUACUGCAGCACUUUACCAAUGUGGGCAAGGGAUGGUUUUCGAUCCACGAGACCAAUCCCGACACUUACCGGCAGGGCAAGAUGCGCAAGCUCCUGUCCGUCCUCCGAUUUAUGAUGCAGGAUACAUUGCGAUAUUUUGCAUUGGACUCCGUCGCCCGCUACUGCGAAAGCAUGGAGAGGUAUUGCCCAGUUCAGGUCAACGUGCAAGACCUUCUGCGAGUAGAGAGUGUUUUUGAGGCUCCAGACCCCAAUGCAGAGGCAGCACCACCGCGAUUAUUUCACAAGGCUGCAAGCGCUUUUAUGGACAUGCAGAGCAAGUCCCGCAUCCAAACAGGUGCCAGUGGUGCAACUGCACCAGCUGUUGGUGAUGGCAUUGUGGAUCAAACAGGUCCAAGCCGAGAGCCAAAGCAAGGUUUGUUUAUCUUGGAGCUUCGACACAGUGAAGACAAGCAGAACUUUGUCUACUCAUCUGAUGGGACACAGGUCAUUGAUGUGUGCCAAAAAGUGCUGGAGCAAGGGCUUCAAAGCUUGGCAGACGUUCCGCAGCUGGACGCUCUCGUCGUGCCACAGCUCUUCCGCACAGUGGUUCACAAACAGGUCCUAAGUACCGUCGAGGUGACUGAGCCUUGGGUGGUGCAGCGAAAAGACCAGCUCGUGGCCAAGUUGGAGAAGACGUUGCCUGCGUUGGUAGAGUUCCUGGACCUCUUCGAGCCAUACCAAAGCCUUCUCCGCCUGGACCCGGCCGAAUAUGUCAAAGAAAAGGCUGCAGCGGAAAUCUCCACUGAUGAGGCAAAGCAAUUUAUUUUGGAGCACAUAGAUGAGGAGGAGAAAGUACUAGAUGCCAUUCCCGAUACAUCUGUCGUUGGACUUUUUGAAAUCCACUGCUCGGAAAUCCGGAAAGUGCUAGCAAGCAGACAUCGCAGGAUUGUGGAACUCUUGGAGGACAUGUUGCUCCAGCGCUUCCGGGACUCUGCGCAAGAAGUUGCUGACACGUUCCAAGGCAUUUUCGCACAGUUGCGGAAGGCUCCAAAGAACAUUGAGCAGUCCACUGAACUCAGAGAAUUCAUGAGCGGAGUUCCUGGUGAAGUUGCAAAGACAUCGCCAGACAUCGGCAAAUGCAUUCAGAUCUUCCAGGUCCUCGAGGGCUUCGAGGUCAAGCUCACAAACGAUGAUUUUCACCAACGCUGGCGAGUCUUCGCUUGUCCAAAGCAGACGUUCGACCUCAUGGCCCAGGUGGAGCAAGAGUUGGCCAAGGCCGAGAAAGGCUACCUCAAAGACAUGCAGCAGGAGCAAACGGACUUUGAUGAAAACUUGGUGGAUUUGGCCGGAAUUGUGGAUUCUUUUUCGCAGUAUUCCAACCUGGCCAACAUCAAGGAGAUCCAUGAAAAUGUCGAGAGUGUCAACGAGCGCUUAAAACAAGCCAGUGGACAAGCCAAGCUAUUCAAUUCCCGUGAGGCAUUGUUUGGGCAAGAAUCAUCAGACUACAGCCAUUUGCAACAACUGCAGAAGGAAUGGGAGCCCUUCUCCAAUCUCUGGGUCACUGCAUAUCACUGGAUCGAAGACUCCGAGAAGUGGAUGAGUGGACCCUUCCAGGAGAUUGAUGCCAAGUAUUGUGAGCAAUGGGUGACCUCAGGCGCCAAGACCUUGUUCAAGACCGUGAGAGCGUUGGAAAAGCGCGAGGAUGCAGCAAAGGUUUUGCAGAUCGCCAGAGACAUCAAGGAACAGAUUGAUGCGUUCCAGCCAUACCUCCCCAUUGUCACUGGCCUGCGCAAUGCGGGCAUGCGCGAGCGCCACUGGAACCAGGUGAGCGAACUGGUCCGCCAAGAUGUGAGACCAGACAUGGAGGACUUCACCCUAAAGCAUUUCGUUUCCAUGGGCAUGCUUGAACAUGUGACAAAGAUCAAUGACAUUGGGGAGAAGAGUGGCAAAGAACUGUCCAUAGAGACGCAGCUUACCAACAUGAUCAAUGCGUGGGACAAUAUGAAGUUCGACUGCAGUGAGCCUUACCGAAACACGCAGACAUAUAUCUUGAAAGGCGCAGAUGAAGUCAUUGCAUUGGUGGACGAGCAGAUUGUGAUCACACAGGCCAUGCAAUUUUCCCCCUUCAACAAGCCCUUCAAAGAGGACAUCGAUGCGUGGGCAGAGAAGCUCCUGUAUGUCUCCGAGUGUUUGGAUGGAUGGCUGAAGGUACAGCGCGCAUGGAUGUAUCUACAACCCAUUUUCGACUCACCGGAUAUCAUGAAGCAGCUCCCGACUGAAGGCAAGAAAUUCCGCUUGGUUGACAGCAAGUGGCGCCAGACCAUGGCGCGGCUUCAUCAGAAUGGAGCUGCUCUGCAAGCCUGUUCAAUGGAGGGGUUGCUGGAAACCUGGAACAAUGCCAACGCAGACUUGGACAUGGUCCAAAAAGGUUUGGAUGACUAUUUGGAAACCAAGCGGGGAGCCUUUGCUCGUUUCUACUUCCUCUCGAAUGAUGAGCUCUUGGAGAUCCUGUCACAGACCAAGGAUCCCCUCAGGGUGCAGCCCUUCCUGUCAAAGGUCUUUGAGGCAAUGAAGAAGCUGACCUUCACCUCAGAGCUGUCUGCAACGCAGAUGGUUUCUAAAGAGGGGGAGAUCAUCGACUUUGUCAGCCCCGUGCACACCACAGGGAAGAAUGUGGAAAGCUGGAUGACCGAAGUGGAAAAUCAGAUGCUGGCAGCGAUUCGGGAGGUCAUCAAGAUUGGCGUCGAAAGCUAUGUCGAGACACCGAGAACCGAGUGGGUCCUGAAACAGCCAGGUCAGGUAUGCCUCAACUCCAGUCAGGUACAUUGGACAGUAGAGGUCGAAGAGGCGAUCGACUCUGCCGCCCUUUCUGCCUACUUUGAGAAGCUAUCUGAUCAGCUCAUGGGACUUGUCCGACUCGUCCGUGGAGACAUCUCCAAGUUGCAGCGAAUGAGCAUCGGAGCUCUAAUUGUCAUUGACGUGCACGCCAAGGACACAGUCGAGAAGAUGGCCAAGGACAAUAUCACUGACGUCUUCUCCUUCGAAUGGAUCUCUCAACUGCGGUACUACUGGGAGGUCGAUGACAGAGCCACCGAAAACCUCUGGAUCCGUAUGGUCCAAACUCCAUUCCCUUAUGGCUACGAGUAUCUUGGGAAUUCCUUUCGGCUGGUCAUCACACCUCUGACAGACAUGUGCUACAUGACUUUGAUGGGAGCACAAAGUUUGAAUCUUGGAGGUGCUCCUGCAGGACCAGCAGGCACGGGCAAGACUGAAACGACCAAAGACUUGGCAAAAGCUCUUGCCAAGCAGUGCGUUGUCUUCAACUGCUCACCCGAGAUGGACUACUUGAUGGUCGGCAAAUUCUUCAAGGGCUUGGCAUCAAGUGGUGCUUGGUGUUGCUUUGACGAGUUCAAUCGCAUCUACAUCGAAGUGCUGAGUGUGAUUGCGCAGCAAUUGCUGCAGCUCUUCACUGCCAAACAGUCUUUAGAGUCCUACAACGAUACCUGUGAGUUGGAGUUUGACUCGACUUUGAUCACCAUGAAGCCAACGUUCAACGUGUUCAUCACCAUGAAUCCUGGCUACGCCUCCACCUUAGCCGCCUCGGUCGCCUUCGGUCGCCUUCGGUCGCCGGCAUCGUCGCCGGCAUCGUCGCCGGAUGGUUUGAUUGGAGAGAUCAGCUUCUACGCUUUUGGCUUUGAAAAAGGUCGUCACUUGGCCAAGAAGAUGGUCACAACCUUUCAGUUGUGCAGUGAGCAACUGUCUGCUCAGUCGCAUUAUGACUAUGGCAUGCGUGCUGUCAAGACCGUCAUCGAAGCUGCAGGGCUGAACAAACGCCAAUAUCCGGAGCAGAGUGAGUCUCAAAUCUUGCUUCGGGCCUUGCGCGAUGUCAACGUGCCAAAGUUUCUCAAAGAUGACCUGCCGCUGUUCGAGAACAUCAUCUCAGAUCUUUUCCCAGGGGUCGAAAGGCCGCAGAUGGAUUAUGGUCGGUUGGAAGAGGCAUGCCACACCGAGAGUUUGACCCAAAACUUGCAGCCGGUGCCGUACUUUGUGAAGAAGCAGUUCGAGCUGCUGUACGGAUCUUUCGAUGAGAUUACCCGUGAGUGGUCAGAUGGCGUGGCUGCAGAGGAGAUCAGAAAUGCCACAAGGGAUGCUGCUCAACCAGAUCAUCAUUGGGUCAUGUUUGAUGGUCCUGUUGAUGCCCUUUGGAUUGAGAGCAUGAACACGGUCCUUGACGACAACAAAAAGUUGUGUCUUGUCAGUGGCGAGAUCAUUGCCCUGACCGCCCAGAUGCGAAUGAUGUUUGAGGUUGAGGACUUGGAGGUUGCGUCGCCAGCUACUGUGUCACGUUGUGGUAUGAUUUACAUGGAGCCCGAAAGCCUGGGCUUUCAACCACUGUUUGAUUCGUGGCUAGCCGCUUUGCCCGAGACUUUCAGUUUCCAGCCAGACAUUGGUUCGCGCUUGAGACGCUACUGUGAGGAGCUGCUGCCCAACACCGUGAGCUAUGUCCGGAAGUGCUGCAGGGAGGUUGUGCAGACACAGGACACCAGCUUGGUGCAGUCCCUGUUUCGCAUGUUGGACUGCUACUUUGCACCCUUCAGACCCACAGAACUGAGACCUGCGGCUGCGUUCAAAGAGGAGGUGGCAGCUUUUUUGCCUCACGUGACACCCCUUUUCUUCUUUGCCAUGGUGUGGUCGUUGGGAGGUAGCUGUGAAGGCAGCACCAGACCAGCUUUUUCAAAGCUCGUUUGGGCGAUCACUUCCCAGGAUGCUCAUCGGGCACUCGAGGAUGAUGUACAUGGCAUGAACCUUGAACUUCCUCCGGUUCAAGAUGGGAUUAGGUUCGAAGGAGUUGAAAAUGGUGCCCUCAUCUAUGACUACUUCUACGAUGUUCAGAAAAGUGAGUGGAUUCCAUGGAUGGAGACUAUACCUACCUUUGAAAUUCCUCGAUCAGCUCGGUACGAAGAGAUUGCCACCCUGUCAUGCUUUGCGCUUUGCGAUGCUUUGCGUAUUGCAUCUACACGCAUCUACCAGAGACAGUUUUGUCGACCAUGGUAG